AUGGACGUGCUGGCUAAUUACAGUAUUUUCCAGGAACUCCAACUGGUGCACGACACUGGUUAUUUCUCCGCGAUGCCUUCCCUGGAGGAGAAUUGGCAGCAGACCUGUUUAGAGCUGGAGAGGUACCUCCAAACGGAGCCCAGAAGACUGUCAGAACUGCUUGACGAGGACCUGGACCGCCUCCUGGCGCCAGCGCUCACGCAUGAGGGCGACAGCGAUGAGGAACUGACGGAUCCCCUCUUACCUGGUUUCCCAGUGCCACCUGUCCCGCUCCCAAAAGUCCACGCCAAACUGCUCCAGACUUUGACGGACAGCAAAGAUCAAGUCCUGGUGGCAGGCGUGAGCGCCGCCCAGCUCAGCGCUGCCGUCACAUCGCUGACGCCGCCCUCGUCCCCCGAGUUGGGGCGCCACCUAGGGAAGCAGGCGGGGGGCGCACUAACGCUCAAACUGGUGGCCAAGAAGGUGGGCCUGGGGGCGGCUAAGUUGGUGGCAGCCAGGGCGUUGACAUCACCAAUUCCACCGGGCCCUACAGGGGGGACGUUGAGUGACGGGGAGCCCGGCUUAGCGGGGGACUCGGCGGAGAACAAAAAGAGAAUACACAGGUGUCAGUUUAACGGCUGUCGCAAAGUUUACACCAAGAGCUCCCAUCUCAAAGCGCACCAGAGGACGCACACAGGUGAGAAGCCAUACAAGUGCUCGUGGGAAGGGUGCGAGUGGCGCUUCGCCCGCAGCGACGAGUUGACGCGACACUACCGCAAACACACUGGCGCAAAGCCCUUCAAGUGCAACCACUGCGACAGGUGCUUCUCCAGGUCAGACCACCUGGCGCUGCACAUGAAGCGUCACGUCUGA